CAGCCCCCACUGGCGGGGUGAGGGAUAACGGUUUCCGGUCGGGGGCUCCGGACUGGGGGGGGGGGGGAGUGGGGGCGAGGCCGUGUGCGGUGAGCCUUGUCGCUCGCACUCCCGCUGGUACCGCGAUGAUGGACUGCGGGGAGUCGGAGCUGGAGUCCCUGGGAGGCGGAGAUGCCCUGGCGGCCCCGGGACCACCCCCAGAGCCCCGAGCCCCGGAACCUCUCGUCCCAGUGCCCGAGCCCGGUCUAGACUUGAGCCUGAGCCCGCAAUCCGUGAGCCCCGACCCGCGGAGCCCCAGCCCCGGGCGGCGGAAGGGACGGGCGGGGCGGCGGGGCGCGGCCCGCAGAGGGCGACAGGUCCGCUUCCGCCUGGCGCCGCCCUUCCCAACCCGCCCCGAGCCGCCCGUCGCAGCAGCCGCCACCGCCGCCGCCGCCGCCGCCGCCGCCGCCGCCGCCCCGAGCGAGGCGCACGAGCUGGAGGCGCCCGCGCCGCGGAGCAGCCUGGCCUUGAGCGCCGAGUUGCAGGCGGCCCGGGCCACAGCCUCGGGGCAGUUUGAUGCCGCGAAGGCCGUGGAGGAGCAGCUGAGAAAGUCCUUCCAGACCCGCUGCGGCCUGGGGGAGAGCGUGGCCGAGGGGCUGAACGUGCCGCGCUCCAAGCGGCUCUUCCGAGACCUGGUGAGCUUGCAGGUGCCGGAGGAACAGGUUCUCGGCGCGGCGCUGCGGGAGAAGCUGGCGCUCUUGCCGCCGCAGGCUCAAGCUCCGCCCCCGAAGGAGCCCUCCGGGCUAGGGCCAGACAUGACCGUCCUGUGCGACCUAGACACACUGUGCUACGAAUCUCCCCACCUGAGCCAGGACGGGCUGCCCCCUCUCCGACUCCAAGCCCGGCCUCGCCCUUCGGAGGACACCUUCCUCAUGCACCGGACGUUGAGGCGGUGGGAGGCAUAGACUUCAUAGCUCUCUGGAUUGCCAUUUGACAUUUUUGUGUUAAAACCGUUUUACAGAAUAAAGUGGUUGUUAGGUAAUGGGACUGUUUUUGGGAGCCACAAGCAUAACUAAAACUGCUCCAAGGGGCCUUCCCAGGUUGGAAACUGCCAGAUGAACUUUUUGGCCCUUACCUGGGCUAUUACAUAGCAAGAC